AGUAAGAAAAUAAAAGGUGGGAGAGAAUGACACUUCUGAACAGUAUUUUGUCUGAAACUGAAUAGAGCAGAAGAAAGAAACACUUGAAACUUGCACGACUCAACUACAAUCGCGUUCGAUUUCUCUUAUUAUGAACCUCUCUCUAUGCAAUUCUUCAAACCUUAACACCUCAAGAAAACCAUUGAUGGCACUCCCUCACUCCAUCUCUGCCUUAGCCACCACACUCACACUCUCCUCGCCAACAACCAAACCCCAGAAAGUUAACCCCUUUCCCUUUUUCUCGAACCAAAAGACACGAUUUUUAACGAAACAAACGCGACCCAGAAGCAGAAGAAGCCUCUCUCUAACCCCUGCACGCGUUGCGGCGCCACCCUCAACUGUUGAAGCCGAUCAAUCAUACCCGGAGACCGAAAAUAACGAAACUGAGGAAGAGUUUAACGAUGAAAGCUCUUAUUCUAAAUUCACUUGGAGGGAUCACUGGUACCCUGUUUCGUUGAUCGAAGAUCUGAACCCUCUCUUGCCCACACCGUUUCAGCUUCUGGGUCGUGAAAUCGUGCUCUGGUACGACAAGUCCAUUUCCCAAUGGGUUGCUUUUGAUGACAAAUGCCCCCAUCGUCUUGCCCCUUUGUCUGAAGGGAGGAUUGAUGAAGAUGGGAAGUUGCAGUGUUCUUAUCAUGGGUGGUCUUUUGAUGGGUGUGGAUCUUGUGUUAAGAUACCUCAGGCUGCAUCUGAAGGCCCCGAAGCACGUGCUAUUGGAUCUCCUAAAGCGUGUGCCACUAGGUUCCCUACCAUGGUGUCUCAGGGCUUGCUCUUCGUUUGGCCUGAUGAGAAUGGUUGGGAGAAAGCAAAGGCCUCCAAGCCUCCAAUGUUGCCUGAUGACUUUGACAAACCGGAGUUUGCCACGGUCAACAUUCAGCGUGAUCUGUUCUAUGGUUACGAUACUCUCAUGGAGAAUGUCUCUGAUCCUUCUCACAUUGAGUUUGCUCAUCACAAGGUCACAGGAAGGAGAGACAGAGCCAAGCCUCUGCCAUUCAAGAUGGAUUCUCGUGGUUCAUGGGGCUUCUCUGGAGCUAAUGAAGGGAACCCACAGAUCAGUGCCAAGUUUGUUGCACCAUGUUAUAUGAUGAACAAGAUUCAGAUUGAUACCAAACUCCCUGUAGUUGGUGACCAGAAAUGGGUAGUAUGGAUAUGUUCCUUCAAUGUCCCCAUGGCACCCGGUAAGACUCGCUCCAUAGUUUGCAGUGCUCGAAACUUCUUCCAGUUCUCAGUGCCAGGGCCAGCCUGGUGGCAAGUCGUUCCUAGAUGGUAUGAGCAUUGGACUUCAAACAAGGUAUAUGAUGGAGACAUGAUUGUUCUUCAAGGCCAAGAGAAAAUCUUCCUUUCAGAAACCAAGGAAGGUGGAGACAUUAACAAACAGUAUACAAACAUCACCUUCACACCAACACAGGCAGAUCGCUUUGUCUUGGCAUUUCGAAACUGGCUAAGGCGGCAUGGCAAUGGCCAACCAGAAUGGUUUGGCAACAGCAGCGACCAACCAUUGCCAUCAACUGUUUUAUCAAAACGUCAGAUGUUGGAUAGAUUUGAACAGCACACUCUCAAGUGUUCAUCAUGUAAAGCAGCAUAUGAGGGAUUCCAAACAUGGCAGAAAGUCCUAAUUGGUACAACAGUUGUGUUUUGUGCAACAUCAGGGAUCCCAUCAGAUGUCCAGUUGCGUGUACUUUUGGCUGGACUCGCAAUUGUCAGUGCAGCCAUAACUUUUGCCCUAAAUCAACUCCAAAAGAAUUUUGAAUUCGUGGAUUACGUGCAUGCCGAAAUUGAUUAAACACUUCCCUCCAAAGGAACUUCUACUAGUUAGUUGUAAAUAGAGUUGAAGACAAAAAUACAUGUAUACUAGUAUUUUGAUGAAAGAGCUCAAAUCUUCCUAUCCUUGGUGUUACUAGUAUUUUGAUGAAAUUACUAGUAUUUUGAUGAAAAGAGCAACAAAGUUGAUCGUGAGAUAUCCUUUUUGAAUAAAAAUUUAAUCAAAGUAUUACAAUAGAGGGGUGGCUACACGAAACAGUUAGGCCCGUGAAGGAUAAGUUUGGUCUGUGAAAUAAAUUAAUUUUUUUUUCAA